AUGGCUAGUAUGGCGACAUACGACAGCCAUGAUCUAUAUUACCUCCCUUUCUCACUCGACGUUGCUCGAAAGAUAGGGGAUCAUAUGGCGGCGCCGUUUGAGCUGAUGAAACUUGCCCUUGUAUGCAAGCAGGCGAGACAGGCGAUCGACACUACGGAAAUGGUAAAGAAAGAUAUACAAGUCCAGCGCGAAACUACACGAGAAGACUUAGGUAGAAAUGACUUCAGUACUGUAGACAGGAGAUUAGACUACGAAGAAGACUCGGAAUCGGAAUCGGACUCAGACUCGGACUCAGACUCGGACUCAGUGUGGAGAUUGUGUUGCGAACUAGACUAUGAAUCAACAAACUAUGAACCAAACUAUGAACCAGAUUUGGAAUCAGAUUUGGAAUCAGACUUGGAAUUAGAACCACAUUAUAACCCGAAACCCUCAGCUUCCCCCUAUUGGUAUCUUUUGGAGUCUGGUAAAAGUCGCCCUGAUGACAAUAUUGGCCGACCGAAUUGUCGAAAGGUUAAGAAACUUAGCAAAUUGCAUGGCCCUAGCCUUAUCUAUGCGAUCAGAGACGGGAAGGACAUUGAAGACAUCAAAAAGCAUAUUGAAAUUUACCGGGAGCACUUUGCUUUGGGUCUAGAAGGAAGGUGGUGGCCUAACCACAACAAGCAGACGCGUAGGGAUAUAUACCAAAACCUACCCUCGCCAAUGUAUGUGGCUGCUCAGAACGGGAGACUUGAUAUCGUCCAAAUCCUCCAUGAAUUGGGUAUCGAUAUGAGAGGCCGUUGCCAUUGCGACGAAUAUUAUACCGACAAUGAGCGUUAUGGGUUCUGGGGCUGUGGUGCUUUGGGUCUUCCGCGCCACGUUCUCCUUCGUCCUUCCUUUUACCUAAGCGGUCGCGAGUACCUGCCUCAUAUCUAUCAGGAUAUUAAUCUGCCUGAUAAAAAAUUGCGUGUUUUUGGCGCGGACAAUGCGUUCUUAGCUGCGUGUUGCUUUGGACACGAAGAUAUUGCGCUGUUCAUGAUCACUAACGGACUUGAAGUGAGACCUGGUGACUUGUAUAUCGCGGCUCGCUAUGCGCGUUAUAAGGUCAUGGCAGCAUUGUUACGUUGUCCGAUCUUCAACACCGGGGAUCGUUGCCGUCUGAUUUUGACAGCUGCUCAGUGGAUUAUUCCCUGGACUAAAGGGAUUAGGUAUGGGACUAGAUGGGACCGUCAGGCAAUAACGAUAAGCCCCGAUCCACGAGUAUACCUAUAUCUCCUUAACAUUGUUAAAGCGGAACAGCCGUCGUUUAAUAAAAUUGGAUGGCUCGAACGUAUGAUUCUGCCGAAAAUACGUUCGCUGUCAACGAGAGAUGUCAAAAAGUUUUAUGAUGCGAUAAUCACUGAUUCGGAGGCGCUGGCACGUUUGGGGCCUAAUCUUGCCAUCCAGUUUGCUCGGCAGAGCAGGUACUUUGAAUUCAUGAAGGCCAUUCUAGCAGGAUGCCCUUGGAACAUACCUAAGAGAAAGAUGCCCAACCUCAUAGGCCAAAUGUUAAUUUCAGCAAUCAGUAGGUGGAAUGAAAAAACAAUACGGUACCUUCUCGACUUGGGUAGCCCAUUUACCCAGGCCCACUUGCAGGCAGCGAUUAUCCUAAAUGAUGUUGAUUUGGUCGAUAAAAUUAUAGCAUCAGGUCGGGUAAAGAAAUCUUGCAACUUUCCAGAAGGCCAUGAUAGAAACCCAGUCGCUUGUGCGCUACAACAGUCCUACUGGGGUUAUUCGCGUAGGUCAUUUGACAUUGUGUUACGGCUGGUGUCUGCCGGGUUUGACUAUAGAAAUAUACCAGAUGCAGCAAGGGCUGAUUUUACUGAAUGGGUAGAGAGAUGGACCACAAAUUAUAGAAUAGAUAUCUCCGACAGUGAAGAGGGAAAUCUAUUUUGGGUUCAGCUUGACAACGUAGCUACCAAAGUCCUAGGGGAAGACUAUAAAUUCCGGGAGGGAGUGAUGGAGAAUAUUAAGACGACGUAG